GAGAGGAGAGUGGCGUGGCGAGGCGACGGAGAAUAUAUCAGGAAGGGCACACAGGAACAUCGCUGCUUAAAACCACCGUCCUCUCCUAGUUUCAGCCAUCUGCAUCACUCCAGCAUUGUGCAUACAUAUAGCACGGCUUUCUUUUGUGCCGCCGCCAAAGAGUGCGACAUGUUUGUCAGAGUAUGGACGGACACGACGUGACUCUCCGCGAACAGAUUUUCCAUGACCGCGUCCGUGAGACCAUAAUUUGUAUUUUCCUCUUCUCAUCUCUCUACAUUGUCUGCUACCUUAUCGUCACACACUACAGGAAGAAUGCAGAGUUUGCUACAGAUGACGAUGAGGAUGCCACUGUCAACAAAAUUGCGCUAUGGCUGUGCACGUUCUCACUGUCGGUGUCGGUGGGGGCAGUCAUGCUUCUCCCCAUCUCUAUCCUGUCCAACGAGGUGCUGCACACCUUCCCACAGAGCUACUACAUGCAGUGGCUGAAUGGAUCCCUCAUUCAUGGACUGUGGAAUCUUGUCUUCCUCUUUUCCAACCUAUCGUUGGUGUUCUUUCUACCCUUCGCCUACUUCUUUACUGAGUCGGAAGGCUUUGCUGGAUCCAAGAAGGGUGUAAUGGCACGUGUAUAUGAGACUGCUGUGGUGUUGCUCUUGCUGACGCUGCUAGUGUUGGGCAUGGUCUGGGUGGCCUCAGCUCUCCUGAACGACACCUCAGCCAGAGAGAGUCUAUAUGACCUAUGGGAGUAUUACCUUCCAUAUCUGUACUCCUGCAUCUCCCUGUCUGGUGUCCUUCUGCUGCUAUUGUGUACACCUCUAGGCCUGUCCCGUAUGUUCAGUGUCACCGGGAGGCUUCUUGUAAAGCCACGGCUUUUAGAAGAUGUGGAUGAUACCAUGAGUUGUGCCAUCUUUGAGGAGGCCGCUCUCUCCCGGAAACUCAACACUGAAGCAUCUUGUUGGGUGAAUGUGAAUGUAGAUCUCCUGAGGAACCAGUUCCUUACCAUUCAGGCACGACGGAUUGCCCUCGAGAUACGGAGGAGAGCAUCACCAUGGCAGCGUAACCUUGGUUACCCUUUCGCUAUGCUGAUUCUGCUUGCAUUGACGGUGGUGUGUGUACUGAUAGUGUGUUUCCAUGUGCUGGAGCUGUUGUUUGAUGAGACAGCUUUGCCCCGAGGAAUGGAGGAUCCUCUGUUGGGAGCUGCCUCUUUCUCGAUGUUUGGAUCCCUGGGUGCAGCCGUGCAAGUCAUCCUCAUCCUGUAUCUCAUGGUGUCCUCUUUGGUGGGUUUCUACAGCUCGCCGCUCUUCUCCAGUCUGCUCCCGCGAGCUCAAGACACCACACUAACCCAGAUUAUUGCAAACUGCGUCUGCUUGCUGGUUCUGAGUUCGGCCCUGCCCGUGUUCUCCAGGACUCUUGGCAUCACUCGGUUCGAUCUGCUGGGGGACUUUGGCCGAUACAACUGGCUGGGGAACUUCCACAUUGUGUUCCUGUACAACAUUCUGUUUGCUGGACUCACAUCUGCCUGUCUCAUCAAUACACUCACGUGGGCUGUGCAGAGAGAACUCAUAUGGGCAUUUGGCCUGCAUAAACUGCCUUUGACUGUCUCUCGUUCAGCCAUCCCUCUCAAACUUCUUUUAGCGAAUGGGCUCUCAAAGAUUCAGUGAUGAUUCUCCAUCUCCUCAUUCAAACUAGUUGCCUCCUACCAAAGACUACCUUAUUGCAGUUGACGGUAGCUGGAUCCUUCAUUUCCUCAAAGACUUUUGACAAUUGGUCAGUUUGCUGACACUUUUGCUGGACCUUUCAUCACAAUCAAGCAAGCUGUAGUGCCACUUUAUUUAACUUGUACUGUACCAAAUAUGCAAUAUAUCCUGUACCACAGGGACCAAUCACAGGCUUUGCCCUGGCGAUAGGGGUGGCAACUGGAAGCAGCUGCAGCUGAUACUGCAGCUAAUAACUAUUUUGCCAAAAAAGAUUAAUGAAUGUGUAAUGGAGUGAAAUUCAGAUGUGAUAUAAAGGGACAAUUGCCAAUGUAUUUGUUUUGUUCAUCAUACAUUGCUUAUAGUUUCACAAGUUCACAUUUUCCUGAUGAGUGAGAUCUAUGCAAGGUCAAAGAACAGGAUUACCUAUAGUGAAAUUACCUGGAUCUUAUAAAAAAGCAAAGAAAAGAAAGAACAAAGAAUGACUUGGAUCCUGAAAUGAAAUGGACACCCCUCUUCUAAGCCUCAGUAACAGAUAUGGGUUAGAGUACAUGGGGAUGUUAGUUGUGAGAAGUGUAAUGCUGUGGCUAUGGCCAGAUUGAGUUCUUAAAUGCUCUUAACGAUCUAGCAACCAUCAUAAAAAGUCUCUGAAAUUCCCCUCUGCUGUUUAACCUGCAGCUAAAAUUUCACCAUUAACCAGUGACUGUAGAAAACAUGGGCCGCAUCCCAUCAUGCACUUACGUAGUGAAGAAAUGAAGCCAAACUUGGUCGGACAGCAUAGCAUUAGAGCCAGUCGGUGCAGUAAGUGCUUCUUGGAGCCAGAGCUUGUGUAGUAAACCGCAAAUUGCUCAUAUGAAAUCUCUGCCAUUUCCGUGGCUUCACUUUAACCAAUCAGGAAACCCCUAUUCCUGCUUUACCUCUGUGAUCUGUAAAUGUGCAAGCUUGUGUCUAUUUAGGUCACUAAACUAAAAUGUUGUACACCAGCCCCUGAAUAUUUAUGUUUUUUGUUUACACUUGAUUUAUUUUUAAAUGUCUUUCAUCCACUUGAUAUUUUUUUUUUAUUUUACAGACUGUUUUUCCCCUCAAUGUUUACUUUCUUUCUUACUGACCAUUUGAGAGAUCACGAAUAAUGAACAGGUGUAAACAAUCACAGGAGAUAUUCUUACUGUAUAUGCCUUAUAUUAUUUGUCAUUUGACCAUAAUAAUAUUUUUAUCUCGUCUUUACAAUAUAGACAUCUUUUCACUGUUCAACUAAUGUAAAAAAAGGUGUCUCGAGACCAAAUAUUGGUCAAAUACAGUGAAUGAGACCAAGUGAAACUACAAAAACGUUUACAGUUUGAGUGGGUAUGUAUAAGGUUUUCUCUGUAUAGUUUUUUAAUUUGUGUUUAUGUGCCUCUCUCACUCUAUAUCUAGAGUGUCCAGUAUUUGUGUUUCUAUAUGUAUCUGAUCAUUUGUGUCUGUGUGUGGACAUUACGUGCAAUACCAUUUCAUAAAGUAGUGACAAUCAAUAUAGUGUGUACUAAAAGAAGGAAUUCCUUUUGUACAUUUAUGUUAAUCUAUGAGCCUCCACCUUUCUUUCAUGCAUUUAUUUAGAAAUCUUAUGUCACCCUCCUUUUUGUACAGAGCCUUUUUCUAUGCAUUUAUGAAUUCGUGUGUACACAUAUUUAUUCAUAUUAUUAGUGUUCAUUUGUUUGUUAUACAUAUAAAUUCAAUGAUUGUAAUGGUAACUAUAAUCUCACGUCUCACCAAAGAAAAGUUGAGUGACUUUGUUAACAAAGUGGUGAUGUCAACUUUUUACUAGAGGCUCCGUUGUUCGAUAAAUUACUAAAUGUAAACAGUUCUACAUAUUCCAGAUGAAAAAUCCUCAUAUCGAAAACCAUAAACAUUUUCCUUAUGAGGUGACAUAUGGAAGAGUGUUUUGGAUUUUAAGUGCCCCAUAAAACAAUAAUCAAUUAAAUAAUUUAUUGUUAAAUAACAUGUUUUUUCUGGCUCUUCAGAAAAAUACACCCAAAUAUGAUCUCUUGGGUUUCUUGCAUAGGUUAAAUGAGUGUUGUUGAAUAUUCAAGUGUCCAGUUAUAGCAAGGCGGAAGGCUCAACAUGCCGUUUUGAAGGUGGAUUUUAAGUGACAUCAAGAAUUUGAGGUUGUGUUUUGCUGUUGCUGUUGACUUAGAAUAAUGAAUGAAACCCUGUAGAAAUGUGAAUAAUGUGUUGUUUUUGAGUGUGUGUUAAAAGCUGGAAAAAAUGUUUGUUCAUUAAACAUAUUUUAAAUGUCA